UAACGUUUAUUUGAAGGCUGCAAGAGAUACGGUUUGUGUCACUUCGUAAUCAGUUUCUGCAACCUUUUUGGAAUUUUUCAUUGAGAAGCUUCUACGGUUGUAAAUUUUAGUAUCUUUUGUGAAGAUGAGUAAUACGUUUACUUAUCAAAAUAGUUUGCCUCGUAAUCGUGGUGGACCGUACAAAACAACACCUGCGACGGAUCUCAGCCGCUGGCGUUUGACGAAUGUCGGUGGACGGCAGACGUGGAGAUAUUACGAAGAGAACGAGGAAUUACCACGAGAGCAGACGUUUUUGGAGAAGCAUUCACUAGGGCUGAUGGAUGAUGAAGAAUUUGUGGACACUCCAGAAAACAUUUACGAUGCACUGCAAAAAGGGAUGGAAUUCUACGCUCAGUUGCAAGCGGAAGACGGACACUGGGCCGGUGAUUACGGUGGACCGUUGUUUCUGCUACCGGGAUUAGUUAUUGUGUGCUACAUAACCGGCACACCGUUCUCGGAAGCACAGAAAAAGGAGAUUAUCCGCUACCUGCGCUCUGUGCAGUGCCCAGGUGGAGGAUGGGGGCUGCAUGUGGAAGGACCACCCACCGUAUUCGGCUGCGCUCUGAACUACUGCACAAUGCGCAUUUUGGGAGUUGCUGCGGAUGACCCGGAUGUUACGCAUGCCCGAAAACUUUUGCAUACAUUGGGAGCACUGGCCAUUCCAUCGUGGGGAAAAUUCUGGCUGUCGGUGUUGAAUGUAUACGACUACGACGGGAUGCACAGCAUAUUCCCGGAGAUGUGGCUGCUUCCGGAAUGGGUACCCAUUCACCCAUCGAAGUUGUGGUGUCACUGCCGACAAGUGUACCUUCCGAUGGGAUACUGCUACGGACGCCGGUUGAAGGCAGCGGAAACGGAUUUGGUGCGACAGCUGCGGCAAGAGCUGUACGUGGAGGAUUAUUCCACCAUUCAGUGGAAAGCGCAUCGGGAUAAUAUAUCGCCGGCUGACCUUUAUACGCCACACAGUUGGCUUCUCAAGAUUGGUUACGUUGUUCUGGAUUUUUGUGAGAAGUGGCAUAUACCAACCUUUCGGAAGAAAGCUCUGGAUAAAUGUUAUGAUCACGUGUGCGCAGAUGAUGUAUUCACAAAGUGUAUCAGCAUUGGACCGAUUUCAAAGGUGAUCAACAUGUUAAUCCGAUGGUCAGUGGACGGUCCAAGCCAUCCGGCAUUUAAAAUGCACCAGGAUCGAGUGCAAGAUUAUUUGUGGCUGGGCCUGGAUGGGAUGAAAAUGAGCGGGACGAACGGCUCACAAUUGUGGGACACCGCGUUUGUUGUACAAGCUUUUUUGGAGGCUCGAGCUGCGGAAAAUCCGGCACUCGUACCGAAUCUCGUUCGCGCCUACGAGUUCAUCGACUUUUCUCAAAUUCCCGAAAGCCCUGCAGAUUGCGUUGCGUUCUACCGACAUCCUAACAAAGGUGGUUGGCCAUUUUCCACACUGGAUUGUGGAUGGAUUGUAGCAGACUGCACAGCGGAAGGUUUGAAAGGUAUCCUAUAUUUGGAGAAGGAGGCCAGUUUAAAAAAGUCCAUCUCCACUUUCUCUUCUGAAAGGUUACGAAAUGCCGUGGAUGCGCUUAUAUCGUUUACAAAUGAGGAUGGCGGAUUCGCGACAUAUGAAACCAAACGCGGUGGCCACUUACUGGAACUGCUAAAUCCAUCGGAAGUCUUCGGGGAUAUCAUGAUCGACUACACUUACACGGAAUGUACAUCGGCAGUUAUGCAGGCACUCAUCGCGUAUCGCAAGAGAGAUCCAGAGUAUCGUGCAGAAGAAAUCAGAUUGAUUCUCAGUAACGGUUUGGAAUACAUCCAGCGGAAACAACUACCGGACGGAUCGUGGGAGGGCAGUUGGGGCGUGUGUUUCACCUAUGGCGCAUGGUUCGCCCUCGAGGCCUUUGCUAGCAUGGAUUACUUGUACAAAAUUCAAUCCAGUGAUGGAGGCCAAAACGAAGCCGUUCUAAAGGGCUGUAUUUUCCUGAAACAGUACCAGAACGACGACGGGGGAUGGGGCGAAGAUUUCGAGUCCUGUGAACAGCGACGAUACGUUCCUAGCGCAGCAUCGCAGGUGGUCAACACUUGCUGGGCAUUAUUGGGACUAAUGGCUGUACAAUAUUCGGACAGAUCAGUCGUGGAGAAGGGUAUCAAGUUUAUAUUGAGUCGACAACGGAAGAAUGGUGACUGGCCGCAGGAAAACAUUAGCGGUGUAUUCAACAAAUCUUGUGCGAUUAGUUACACUAGCUACCGCAACGUGUUUCCCAUAUGGACUUUAGGUCGCUUUGCGUACCAUUACCAUCCAUCUGCGCAGUGACAAUGAAUUUAAUUUCUUGUAAAUUUUCCUGUUGUUUGGUUUUGUUUCGUUAUCAAGAUUCUCACCGGUCGCUUCAUGUAGCUCAAGCAUAAUAUCGCGAACCAAUUAAAUGAUCAUUUGCG